AUGGCGCGCCUCGUCUGCCUGUCCCUGGCGGCGGUCGCCGGCGCCCUCGUCGGGAGCCGCAGUCGCCUGCCCGCGCCGGCCGCGCGGUCGAGCCGCGCGACGACGGUCAUGAAGGACUUCGCGAAGCCCAACGUCGAGGACACGAUCCCCUACCGCGAGGCGUCGACGCUCAGCGACCGCUUCCCGAACGAGCUCUACGCGCCGGCGCCGCAGAAGAAGAAGGUCGCGAUCAUCGGCGGCGGCCUCAGCGGCCUCUCGUGCGCCAAGUACCUGAGCGACGCGGGCCACGAGCCCACGGUCUACGAGGCCCGCGACGUGCUCGGCGGCAAGGUGCACAAGAUGGUCUUCGCCAUGCAGGAGCUGCCCGGCGAGUUCACGACCUUCGACUUCAUCCCCGGCAUCCCCGCGCCCUUCAACUUCGGCCUCGCGAUCCUCCUGAACCAGAAGAUGCUCACGCUCGGCGAGAAGCUCCAGACGGCGCCGCCGUUGCUGCCCAUGCUCAUCGAGGGCCAGGACUUCAUCAACGCCCAGGACGAGCUGUCCGUGCUCGACUUCAUGCGCAAGUACGGCAUGCCCGACCGCAUCAACGACGAGGUCUUCAUCUCCAUGGCCAAGGCGCUCGACUUUAUCGACCCGGACAAGCUUAGCAUGACCGUCGUCUUGACGGCCAUGAACCGCUUCCUCAACGAGGACAACGGCCUCCAGAUGGCGUUCCUCGACGGCAACCAGCCCGACCGGCUCUGCGCGCCCAUGGUCGAGUCCGUCGAGAAGAAGGGCGGCAGGGUCGUCACGGGCGCGCCCCUGGACCGCAUCGAGGUCGACGCGGCGGGCAACGUCGACAAGCUCGUGCUGCGGUCCGGCGAGGAGGUCGUCGCGGACGAGUACGUGUCCGCGAUGCCCGUGGACGUGUUGAAGCGCAUGGUGCCCGAGGCCUGGUCGACGAUGCCCUACUUCAAGCAGCUCGACGAACUCGAGGGCAUCCCGGUGAUCAACCUCCACCUCUGGUUCGACGAGAAGCUCACGACCAUCGACCACCUCUGCUUCUCGCGGUCGCCGCUCCUGUCCGUCUACGCGGACAUGUCCACGACCUGUAAAGAGUACUACGACGAGGACAAGUCCAUGCUCGAGCUCGUCUUCGCGCCCUGCUCGCCCCUCGCCGGCGGCGACACGAACUGGAUCGGCAAGACCGACGAGGACAUCAUCCAGGCGACGAUGGGCGAAUUGGCGCGGCUCUUCCCGACGGAGAUCGCCGCGGACCCGGCGUACCCGGGCACGAUGACCGAGCGGACCUUCCUCGGCGAGAAGCAGGCCCAGCUCACGGGCGGCGCGAAGCUCCGCAAGUCGACGGUCGUCAAGGUGCCGCGGUCCGUCUACGCGGCGAUCCCCGGCCGCAACAAGUACCGGCCCUCGCAAAAGACGCCCAUCCCCAACUUCUCCCUCUGCGGCUGCUUCACGUCCCAGAAGUUCCUCGGCUCCAUGGAGGGCGCCAUCCUCGCGGGGAAGCUCGCCGCGGAGGUCGUCUCCGCGCGCGCCGUCGGCGCGGACGCGCCGGGCCUCAAGGAGGUCCAGCAGCACGUCAUCGACGCGGCCGCGGACGCGGCGCCCAAGAAGCCCGUCGGCUGCCGCGGCGACACGGCCAUCGCCUUCGGCGGCGGCUACACCUUCGACCAGCUCGUCACGCGCGAGCUCAAGGAGCAGGACGCCGUCCAGUUCAACUAGAUCGAGAGCCCCAUCGCCCACCCCGUAAAAACACCGCUUCAG